AUGGUAGUAACAAGAGCACAGCAACAAUUACUUGACGAUCAGACCGGCAACUAUAUUUGGAACAACUGCAUCCGCAAUAUCGAAAUCGAACCUACAACGCAAACUCAAGCGACCGAAGUAUUUAUUCUUCGUCGACCAUUACCAUUUGAAAUGGCAGAGAAAGCACCGCGCAUUAACAAACAAUUGAAUCAGUCACCAACAUUCAGUGGAAAACUAACCGAAAAUGUGACCAAGUGGCUGAAAGGUAUUACGAACGAGUUCAAUGUGGUGAAGUUCGACGAUAGCCAAAAACUGGGGAUUAUUCAAACAUAUUUGGUUGAUGAUGCAAGAAAAUGGUUCACCAAUAACAUGAGAACAUUAGAGACAUGGUCAGAAUUCAAUGAAGCAAUUGAGAAAAUAUACACAUCGACGAUUGCAAAAGAAGUAGCUAUUAGCCAAGUAGAGCAGCGUCGUCAAGGCUUAGAUGAGACUGUCAUGCACUAUUACAACGACAUGAUGGAAUUAUUUGAGGCUAUGGAUCAUCGAAUGAGCGACUCAUUAAAGGUCAGCUAUUUAAAAACUGGACUGAAAUUGUCAUUUGAGAAGGAAGUGUGA